GGGCGCUGUUCCCCGCCUUUCCUCCACCGGGGCCUCAGUCCCGGGUGGGUCGGGCUCUCUUCCUGUCGGGGCGUCCCUUUGGCGAUGGCUCCCCCUCCCGCGGGCGUCUCCGGGCGCCGCUCUCUCCGCCCCGCCGGCCCGGCCUCGGCUCUGCUCUCCUCGCGCCCCUUCUUCCUCCGAGGCUGCUCCCCGCGGGUCUGGGCCAAGUGGGGCAGGGGCAGGAGGGGCAGCCGCCUCGGGUCCGCCGAGAUGACCGUCAAGCUGGACUUCGAGGAGUGCCGCAAGGACUCGCCCCGCUUCAGGGCGGCCAUUGAGACGGUGGAAACGGAGGUGUCCUUGUUGGAGACGCAGCUGGAGAAGUUGCUGAAGCUGUGUGCCACCAUGCUGGAGUCCGGGCGGCAAUACUGCGCCCACAGCAAGACCUUCGUGUUGGGCGUCCAGGAGCUGUCCCACAAUUCCCCAGGAGACCCCAUGAUGAGUGAGUGCCUAGAAAAGUUUUCCAAAAGUUUGACCAAGAUGAUUGACGGGCAUGAGGAGCUCCUUGAUGUGACCCAGCAGUCCCUCAAGAACCAGAUCCAGAGCCUGGUGAAAGAGGAUAUGAAGCAGUUCAAAGAGACCCGCAAGGAGUUUGAGCGCGGGAGCGAGAGCUUGUCCAGCGCCUUGCACCACAACGCGGAGGUGCCCCGCCGGCGUCACCACGAGGCCGAGGAGGCAACGGUGGCUUUGAAGUGUGCCCGCACUACGUUUCACGCCCGGGCUUUGGACUACGUGCUGCAGAUCAAUGUGAUCCAGUCGAAGAAGAAGUCUGAGAUCCUGAAAUUUAUGCUGACGCUGAUGGAGGCUCAGUCUUCCUACCUGGAGCAGGGCUUCAACAUGGCAAAGCAGCUGGAACAGUAUCGCAAGGACCUUGCGGCACAGCUCCAUCAGUUGGUCCUGGAAUCGGCCCGAGAGAAGCGGGACAUGGAGCAGCGGCACACGGUCAUCAAGCAGAAGGAUUUGUCCCAGGAUGAUGUGGUUCCCGAAGUUAAGACGGAGCCCGGCGGAGUGGUGAUGGAAGGCUAUUUGUACAAACGGGCCAGCAAUGCUUUCAAGACCUGGAGCAGGCGCUGGUUUUCCAUCCAGAGCAAUCAACUGGUCUAUCAGAAAAAGGCCAAGGAUGCAGUGACGGUGGUUGUGGAAGACUUGCGGCUCUGUACGGUCAAGCCGUGCCCCGAUCAUGAACGGCGUUUCUGCUUCGAGGUGGUCUCUCCCUCCAAGAGCUGUCUUCUCCAGGCAGACUCGGAACGGCACCAGCAGGCCUGGGUUUGUGCCGUUCAGAACAGCAUUGCGUCGGCUUACAACGAGGAGCGGCCGGAAUUCCCUGGGCAGGCCCUGGAGCGGACGGCCUCUCUCUCGGCGGCCACGCUCCAGUCUCCGUCCAGCCGUAGGCUCCGGGGAGGAGUGGACAAGCACGUGGUGGACCAAGUGCAGCGGCUGGAGGGGAACGCCCAGUGCUGCGACUGCCGCGAACCGGCCCCCGAAUGGGCCAGCAUCAACCUGGGCAUCACCCUGUGCAUCGAGUGCUCCGGCAUCCACAGGAGUCUCGGUGUGCAUUUCUCCAAGGUGCGAUCGCUGACGCUCGAUUCCUGGGAACCGGAGCUUGUUAAGCUGAUGUGUGAAUUGGGGAACCGGAUCAUCAACCAGAUCUAUGAGGCUCGGGUGGAGGAGAUGAACAUGAAACGGCCACAGCCGGGCUGUUCAAGGGCAGAGAAGGAGGCCUGGAUCCGGGCCAAGUAUGUGGAGAAGAAAUUUAUCACCAAGUUCCCCAAGCCAGGGUUGCAGAGCAGCCGGAGCGGAGAGGGCGGUGGGUUUGGGAAGCCCCCGAAACCGUUCCCCAAACCCAAGCCUCCGCGACAGACCCGAGGGGCCACAGGCAGUACUCCGAACCGUUCGAGCCCCAUCCCAGGGUCCCCAGGGGGCUCAGCUUCCCCAUCUUUGGAGAACCUGCAGAGCUUGCACCCGGGGGCCUUGCUCUUCCGUGCGGCCGCCGCACCCCCCAGCUUGCCCACCAUGGCGGACGCCUUGGCCCACGGCGCGGACGUCAACUGGGUGAACGUGGCCCAAGAGAGCCGGACCCCUUUGCUCCAGGCAGUGGAGGCUAAUUCCUUGCUGGCCUGUGAGUUUUUGUUGCAAAACGGUGCCAACGUCAACCAGGCGGACAUCCGAGGGCGAGGACCCCUGCACCACGCCACCAUCUUGGGCUACACAGGGCUUGCCUGUCUGUUCCUGAAACGCGGAGCCAACAUGAAUGCGGUCGACGGAGAAGGGAAGGAUCCACUCAGCAUUGCCAUCGACCUCGCAAACGCGGACAUUGUGACCUUACUGCGGUUGGCCAAGAUGCGCGAAGCAGAGAUCGCCUUGGGUCAAUCGGGGGACGAAACAUACCUUGAUAUUUUCCACGACUUUUCGCUCAUGGCCUCCAACGAUCCGGAGAAACUGGCCAGGAGGAGCUACGACCUGAAGCUGACCACGUUGUGAAACACGGAGGGGGGAAAGGACACAAAAAUAGCCGCUGCGUACAAAUACGAAAUGUGUGGAUCGCCAUCCAAAGCUAUGGUGACAAAAAAAAAAACCAAUCCCAUGAUCUCAAGAUCCUUUUUUGGGCACUUUUUGGGGUGAAUGCUUUAUUUAUUUUCCCCCUUUACGGAGCAUCGUAGUGAAGAAAAACUGAGCUCUCACUAUGUUGAGUUUUGGGACUCUUUAUCUUCUCCUUUUUAUUUAUUGCUUUGCGGGACCGGACUUUUUAUUUCCGAUGGAGAAGAAACGGAUGAAGUAUCUUCCCAACUUGGUCCACUUCCUUUAAGUUUGGUGAAGAAACCAUCGGGGAAAUAGACAUUGACCCCAAAUUUCAGGGAAAGAUCAUGCUCCCUAGAUGUGCCUUUUGAGCAUUGAAAUGGCUGGAAACCUUGGAACUGAUUCUGCAAACUGGGACCAACUUGCCCCAAAACUAUUGCAAACUUGUUUUGUUUUAUUCAUGUUCCAUCCCAUCCGCACCAGCAAAAUAUACAUUAAAAUCAACUUUUUUCAAAGCCUGUAAAUCUCUCUCUCUGGUUGGAAGGAAACCUUGAGGUCAUCUACACCAGGCAUGGGCCAACUUCGGCCCUCCCUCCAGGUGUUUUGGACUUCAACUCCCACAAUUCCUAACAGCCGGUAGGCUGUUAGGAAUUGUGGGAGUUGAAGUCCAAAACACCUGGAGGGAGGGCCGAAGUUGGCCCAUGCCUGGUGUAUAUCUGGUGAGUCUUGGACAUUUUCUUAGGCAGAGUAAAGUCUAUUCCGUUGGUUCGGAUCCGGCAACUUCUCCAACUUCUGUCCUUCUGGAAAGUUUUUUGGGGGAGGCAGGAGGGCGAAAAGAGAAGAAACCAGGUAACAUCAGAAGAACCAAACCUCCCCCGGUGACGAAAGCACCUCCCGCCAGGAAAGACGCGUUGUAGCUGCCGGUCCAGUCACGGAUCCAGCCUGGAAUAGAAAAAGAGAGACGGCAUCCAUCACUUGACCUUUGUUUACAAAGCCUCUGAUAGCAAAUAAAGCCUUUUUUAAGGUCCUA